CUGACAAGAGAAGUCGAGCUGAACUGCAGCUUGAAACUUUCACAAACUCAUCCUCAACCAGCUCAUCAAAAAGUGAAAGCAAUGACAUAGGAAAACAAGAAAAACUGCUUCCCUUGCUUAACUUGCUGUGUGUGGCUGAUAUAUAUGUAAAAAAGAAGCUUAAUCUUCGACACUAAAGUAGAUAUGAGGAAGUACAUUUGUUUUCUCCAAGCCGGCCGGAACGGAACUCCUGACAUCACUCAAAGUGUCAGAAACACAGGAACAUAUAUAAACCAUCCUACAAGAUGAGCCCAGCACAUUGAAAUAACUCUUUCCUCAACAUUGGACUGACGUUGCGCCUUCAAGAUGAAAAGAUACCUAGAGAUGACAAACUUGCCCUUCAAGGUGGGACAGGUCCUGACUGUCACAGGGGUCCCCAACCGAGACGGUGAUAGAUUUUCCAUCAACGUUGGUCACAGCGUGGACGACAUCGCUCUGCACAUUGACGUCCGCUUCAAUUAUGACAAUAGUUCUAAGCAGGUGUUGAUCAACUCCUGCCGUUCAGGGACAUGGGAUAAGAACCACAAAAUUCCCGAAGAAUUCCCCUUCAAAUAUGACGAGAAGUUCAAAGUAUCCAUCACCUUCACAAAGGAAAAGUUCUUGAUCAACCUUUCUGAUGAAUCUAAGAUCGACUUCCCCAAUAGCCACGGAUACGAGAAGUAUAACUUCAUAUUCAUGGCAAACGAGGUCAAGGUUCAUGCGAUUGAAGUCAUCUAGACCAAUCAGGAUGAGUUGAAGAUAAUCCACUUUAGAAGCCCUAAACAUAUUUUGGCCGCUUAUUGGCUUCUAGACCUUCCUUUAAUGCUCUUCAUUCAUAAUUGUCAUGAUUAGAAUAUUUCGUUUUAGUCUUGAAAUAUUUUAUUAACUCUUGUUUGUGUUUGGUUUGCAAAAUGACUGAAGCUCUAGCCAGACUAGGCCUACGAGGACUGGUAUAAUAUGAUGUGAUUGGAACAUCUGUGUCUUCCCUAAUCAAGGUCACUGCCCAGUCUUGUAUUCAAAAUGUUUUUACUAUUCUGACAAUUAAGAAUUUAUACAAUUUCAACGUUUGUUAACUUCCAAAGAUGUUUCACUUGUUAGCCAUGGGUUAAUAACUAUAACAAUCAUAUGGUCUGACUGUAUUGCAGUAAACACAAUAAACAAAUCCUUUGCUUCGAU